GUAGUCCUGGCGACUGUUACCCAUCAACAACAACUACUCCUCUCCUCCUCCUCCUCCUCUUCCUCCUCCUCCUCCUCCCCACCACCACCAUCUCCAUCACCCACCAACAACACCACAAUAAUCCACAGCCAAGAGACCAUCAUGCAGACAUCAGAGACUGGGUCGGACACAGGUUCGACAGUGACUUUACAGACAUCUGUGGCUAGUCAAGCAGCAGUGCCUACACAAGUGGUACAGCAGGUACCAGUACAACAACAGGUACAGCAGGUACAGACUGUGCAGCAGGUACAACAUGUCUAUCCAGCUCAGGUGCAGUAUGUGGAAGGAAGUGACACUGUCUAUACCAAUGGGGCAAUCCGAACAACAACUUAUCCUUAUACAGAAACACAGAUGUACAGCCAAAACACUGGAGGAAAUUACUUUGAUACUCAAGGGAGUUCUGCACAGGUGACUACUGUGGUCUCCUCCCACAGCAUGGUGGGUACUGGUGGGAUCCAGAUGGGUGUUACAGGAGGACAACUCAUCAGCAGCUCUGGAGGAACCUAUCUGAUUGGCAAUUCAAUGGAGAAUUCUGGUCACUCAGUGACACACACUACUCGGGCCUCCCCAGCAACAAUUGAAAUGGCGAUUGAGACGCUGCAAAAGUCUGACGGUCUGUCCACUCACAGAAGCUCUCUUCUCAACAGCCAUCUCCAGUGGCUGUUGGACAAUUACGAGACAGCAGAAGGAGUGAGCCUUCCCAGAAGCACUCUGUAUAACCACUACCUUCGACACUGUCAAGAACACAAACUGGACCCUGUCAAUGCUGCCUCUUUUGGAAAACUAAUAAGAGGAAACUCCAAGUACCAUUACUAUGGAAUUCGUGUCAAGCCAGAUUCUCCUCUUAAUCGUCUGCAAGAAGACAUGCAGUAUAUGGCUAUGAGACAACAACCCAUGCAACAGAAGCAAAGGUACAAGCCUAUGCAGAAAGUGGAUGGGGUUGCAGAUGGUUUCACAGGAAGUGGUCAACAGACAGGCACAUCUGUUGAGCAAACUGUAAUUGCCCAAAGUCAACAUCAUCAACAGUUUUUAGAUGCAUCUCGAGCAAUUCCAGAGUUUGGAGAAGUUGAAAUCUCUUCUCUGCCAGAUGGUACUACCUUUGAGGAUAUCAAGUCAUUGCAGAGUCUUUAUCGAGAGCACUGUGAGGCAAUAUUGGAUGUUGUUGUGAAUCUUCAAUUUAGCUUGAUAGAAAAAUUGUGGCAAACUUUCUGGCGCUAUUCUCCCUCUACUCCAACUGACGGCACUACCAUUACCGAAUCAAGCAAUCUGAGUGAAAUAGAAAGUCGACUACCGAAAGCAAAGCUGAUAACUCUGUGCAAACAUGAGUCUAUCCUGAAAUGGAUGUGUAACUGUGACCAUGGGAUGUACCAGGCUUUGGUGGAGAUUCUCAUCCCCGACGUCCUUAGACCUAUUCCUAGUGCCUUGACCCAAGCCAUUCGAAAUUUUGCAAAAAGCCUUGAAGGUUGGCUUUCCAAUGCCAUGAACAAUAUUCCACAGAGAAUGAUACAAACCAAGGUUGCCGCUGUAAGUGCCUUUGCCCAGACUCUGCGAAGAUACACGUCGCUCAAUCACCUGGCCCAGGCAGCUCGUGCAGUGCUUCAGAACACUUCCCAAAUCAACCAGAUGCUCAAUGACCUCAACCGUGUCGACUUUGCCAAUGUACAGGAGCAGGCUUCCUGGGUGUGCCAGUGUGAUGACAACAUGGUUCAGAGACUAGAAACAGACUUCAAGAUGACUCUUCAGCAGCAGAGCACCCUGGAGCAGUGGGCUGCAUGGCUGGAUAACGUGAUGAUGCAAGCCCUGAAGCCCUAUGAAGGAAGACCCAGCUUUCCCAAAGCUGCCAGGCAGUUUCUACUGAAAUGGUCUUUCUACAGCUCAAUGGUUAUUCGGGACUUAACCUUGCGCAGUGCUGCUAGCUUUGGCUCUUUCCACCUGAUCCGUCUACUCUACGAUGAGUACAUGUUCUACUUAGUAGAGCAUCGUGUUGCUCAGGCAACAGGAGAGACACCGAUAGCAGUCAUGGGCGAGUUUGGUGAUUUAAAUGCUGUAUCUCCUGGAAAUCUGGAUAAAGAUGAAGGCAGUGAAGUGGAAAGUGAAAUGGAUGAAGAACUGGAUGACUCUUCAGAGCCUCAAGCCAAAAGAGAGAAAACAGAGCUGAGUCAAGCAUUCCCAGUAGGCUGCAUGCAGCCUGUUCUCGAGAGCAGCGUGCAACCAAGCCUCCUGAAUCCAAUCCACAGCGAGCACAUCGUCACAAGUACUCAGACUAUCAGGCAGUGCAGCACCACAGGAAAUACCUACACUGCAGUCUAAAGAAUAUUAAAGUGUAUUUUUCCAGCUUACAUUAACCCUGUUGAUAUUGGGCUUAAGUUGAAAAUUUUAUAAGCCUGAAGGUCGACUGUUGUCAAAUUCUAUCUGUGCUGAACAUUACCUUUUUGGAGUUGUGAAAUGGAAUGGGUGUAUGUAUUUUGCCAGGUCUUUUUUUUUUUUUUUUAACAUAAACAAAUUAUUUGUCACUUAAUAAUAAGAGUUUUUUCCUCUUAGUUUCAGGUGUCAAGAAGA